UUGCCGCGAGAAGGAAGAGGUAGGGGCCGGGGGGAGGAGAGACGCGUGGCGCAACGCACCUCGUGCUCGCGCCCCAUCCCCUCCCCGCGACCAGCGGUUGAAGCCCCACCUCCCCACCUUCCCGCCCCAAGGAGAAAGGAAGGAGAGGCGGGCGUAUGGGGCGAUGUGGGUGGGGCGGCGUAGCGUGCGCGAGCGCCGCGGAGGGCGGGGAAGGCGCGAGAGGGGCGGGCUAGAUCGUGCCAACGUAUCCGCCCCGCCCCCUUCGGUCCGGCCGUGUCCCCUCCCCUGCGCGUCGCCAUUUGUCGAGAGACGCCGAAGGGGCGGAGCGGGCGGGCAGUUAUGGCGGUAUGUGAUGGGGACUUGAAGCUUAGGACCGUAAUCGAAGGAGGCUGCGGAGAACCUGGCGGCGAGGAGGAGACUCCGGUUGUCGUCCCAAAGGAGGACGACAACGGCAGCGGCGGCUGGGUGCUUUGGCUCGUGGGUGGCGGCGAGGGCGGCAGCGGCGGCGAGAUGCUGCUGAACAUGCUGGUCGUGCUGCUCCUGCUGCUCGGGGUCUACCGGCUGUGGGUAAGCUGGAGCCGGCGCGAGCCGAGCGAGGUCGCAGGAGACGUCCCAGACACCCCGGCCGUCCCCUCCACCGCCGUGGCCACCCCUUCCAACGAGCUGCCGCCCAUGAAGAGGCGCGACUUCAACCUAGAGCAGCUGCGCCAGUACGACGGCGCGCGCACGCCGCGCAUCCUCCUCGCCGUCAACAGCAAAGUGUUCGACGUGACCAAAGGCAGGAAGUUCUACGGGCCAGCGGGACCAUAUGGACUAUUUGCUGGUCGAGAUGCCUCCAGAGGCCUAGCAACAUUCUGCCUAGAUAAAGAGGCACUCAAAGAUGAGUACGACGACCUCUCCGACCUGAAUGCUGUGCAGAUGGAGAGUGUUAGAGAGUGGGAAAUGCAGUUUAAAGAAAAAUAUGAUUAUGUUGGCAGACUCCUAAAACCAGGGGAGGAACCAUCAGAAUACACAGAUGAAGAAGAUAACAGGGAUCAACUCAAACAGGACUGAACUUUGCAAACAACCAAAGUCAGAGGCCUUCAGAACUGCAACCUCUUUGAAUUCCCUUUCACAGAAUGGCCUGCAGCUUUGGGUUUGGUUCAUCAGCUGCGAGAAAAAACGAAAACACUCGACAGAUUUUGUUCAAGAAAUGUGCGGACUUGUUCCAGAGACCUGCCUGCUAGACACCGCUCGUGCUGCCCAACAUUGGCGGGGCCUCUGGGUGGCUGAGUCACUGAGCAGAUGGGGUGGGGCGGAACUGCACAGCUGUUCCUCUUUGGUGGCUCGCACACACCCAGUGCGCAUUCACUGCUCGGGAAGCACCGUAUGCCGGUCUCUGUUGUUUGUUGUGCCGCCUCUGGUUCAGCCCUGAAGGAAAACUCCUGUGUACCUCCCUUUGAGUAGUUGGCCUACCGAAACAUUAAAAUGUGAAUUUCCAACCGUUGUCACCGAGGUGUUACUAGCUCUGGCGAAACAAGUCAGCAGAGAGCUCAGUGCUCAGAAACCCCGGCAGACCAGAAGGGGGUGUCGGGUGGGCCUUUCCCGGGGGAUUUCUGUCCAAACUCGCUUCCCAGCAUCAAGACCCCCAAAGCCAGCCUUUGCCCCUUUCCAAAUCAAAUCGACAUGAAUUGUGCCUUAUUUCACUUAGGUAGACGUGGAUGGUUUAAGGGGGAGCCCCGGUUGGGAUGUCCCAGAACGUUAGCUUGACUGGAAACCUCACCGUCAUUCUGUGGGUAGAGAAUGGAAAAGGGAGAUUCAGUGUUAACUGCCAUAUCUAGUCAUGUACAUGAACUGAAUCAGCACUGCAAUGGCCAAAUACACCCUCCAUGAUCUCGUAAAAAAGCAAGCCAAGACCAACAGGAAGCUCCCUGUCCCCAGCAGCCUUCCUCCCCUUGGGGGCCCGGCCCUGCGUGGGCGGAGGGCGGUCUGGCCGGGCGUGUGCAUGCGUGUGCGUGGGACAGGGCCUCGGGGGCUGCUUCUGAAGAUGCUGUAAAUAUGAAUGCCAUUUCAAUAAAGCAUGUACCCUGAACCAAAA